GGCUCAUGCCUGUAAACACAGUGGCUCAUCCCUAAAGUAUUUUGACUUUUUUUUGAAUAGCCUUGCAGUUUCAAAGACUGGCUGCUUCCUGCCUAGGGGAAUCAUUUGUUGGAAGGUGAUUAGCUGGCCCUGAUUGUUUCUUGUCUGGAAUUCUCCUGUUUCUGAGUGUUGUUCUUUACUGUCCUGGUUUUAGAGUUUUUAAAUACUAGUAGCCAGAUUUUGUUCAUUUUCAUGGUUUCCUCCUUUCUGUUGAAAUUGUCCACAUGCUUGUGGAUUUCAAUGGCUUCUCUAUGUAGCUGUAUGUAGGUCUUUUCAAUGAUAAUCAAGGUGAUUAAUUGCAACAUUCACAACUUGCCCCCAACAGACAAGAAUUCUUUCUCACACCCUGGACCUUCCAUAUACAGUAGAGUCUCACUUAUCCAAGCUAAACGGGCCGGCAGAAGCAUGGAUAAGCGAAUAUCUUGGAUAAUAAGGAGGGAUUAAGGAAAAGCAUAUUAAACAUCAAAUUAGGGUUAUGAUUUUACAAAUUAAGCACCAAAACAUCAUGUUAUACAACAUAUUUGACAGAAAUGGUAGUUCAAUACACAGUAAUUGUGUAUUACUGUACUAAAUGUUGUAAUUACUGUAUUUAUGAAUUUAGCGCCAAAAAUCAUGAUAUAUUGAAAACAUUUACUACAAAAAUGGCUUGGAUAAUCCAGAGGCUUGGAUAAGUGAGACUCUACUGUAUAUAUAAAUCACAUUGACCUAGCUUCCAAUAUACCGCACAACCUCUGAGGAUGCCUGCCACAGACGUGGGUGAAACAUCAGGAGAGAGUGCUUGUGGAACAUCGCUAUACAGCUGGAAAACUCUGCAACCGUGAUUCCAGCCAUGAAAGCCUUUGACAACACGCUGCUCUGUGUAGUCUGACAUGGUUGUUAGAGUGGUCCAGCAUUUCUGUAUUCUCAGAUUAUAUGCUGUGUGCUGGUUGCUUCAUGAAGUGUUCUGCUAUGGCUGACUUCUCUGGUUGACUUAGUCUGCAGUGCCUUUCAUGUUCCUUGAUUUGUGUUUGGGCAAUGCUGUGAUUGGUGGUCCCUAUGUAGACUUGUCCACAGCUUCAUGAUAUAUGGUAGACUCCUGCAGAGGUGAGAGGAUCUUUCUCCCACCCUGGCCAUUCCACAGAUAUAUAAACCUCACUUGCCUAGUUUCCAACAGACCUCACAACCUCUGUGGAUGCCUGCCAUAGAUGUGGGCAAAACGUCAGGAGAUAAUGCUUCUGGAACAUGGGCAUACAGCUGGGAAAACUCACAGCAACCCAGUGAUUCAAGCCAUGAAAUCCUUCCACAACAUAAUGAUUCACAUGGAUUAUCAAAACUAGUGGUUGUCUUACUCACUGCCUGGCUACCUUUCAUCUCUUUCUGUGCUGAAACCAAUGCUUCUUCCUGUUGAAGUUUUAUGUAUCUUGGAGCUGUUUAAGGCACAGAAGAACUUCCAAAUCAAAGAGGUUUUUAAUUCGAAGCUGGAUGGCCAUCUGUCGGGGGUGCUUUGAUUGUGUGUCCCUGCAUGGCAGAAUGGAGUUGGACCAGGGGCAAGACAAUUUCCUUGUAAAAAGCAGCAUGCCACUAAAGCAACACAACUUUCUACAAAACAAUCACCUGAUGUGGUUUCAGUUUUCAGGAGCCCAUACUGAAAUUCAGCAGCCUAAGGAGAACACACUGGUUUCUACUUCAGAUGAGCCGGAUACACUAUAUAAGAGACUGGCUGUUCUUGUUAAAGGCCACGACAAAGCUGUGUUGGAUAGUUAUGAAUAUUUUAUGGUGCUUGCCGCUAAAGAACUUGGACUCUCAAUUGAAAAAGUAGAAGAACCUCGGAAAAAAAUAGAGCGAUUCACCCUUCUGAAAUCAGUGCAUAUUUAUAAGAAGCACAGAGUUCAGUAUGAAAUGAGGACACAUUAUCGAUAUGUGGAGUUAAAGCAUUUAACUGGCAGCACAGUCAAUGUUUAUUUGGAAUACAUUCAACGAAAUUUACCUGAAGGAGUCGCCAUGGAAAUAAAAAAGACCAGAUUAGAAAGACUUCCUGAACAUAUUCAGACACCUGUUUGGGAUACACUGCCUGAAGUAGAAGAAACAGCAGCUAAAUCAUGAAACCGACUCCCCCCACCCCACCACACACAUUUUACAUGAAAGAGUAAAAGAAUGUAACAGUUUUGUUAUGAGCAUGCCUUACUAAUUUCAGCAAUGACCCGUGCUGCAUUGGUUUUAAGGAACCUGCUUUAUUGAUCACACAGCUGUAAUUAGAAUUCUCUUCAGAAGACAUGGACGAGAGUAGGUAUUUGACAAAACUGUCCUAUAUACAUCUGUGUCAUUUGUGUAAACAGGUAAAACUGAAAUGUACACGAAGGAAAUAUUUUAUAAAUUAUUCUACCAAAACUG